CCUCAGCACCUAGCCUGGCCGCGCGCCCCUGGGCGCCCCCACCGCCCGGGCUCCCCGGAGGGCCGCAGCCAUGAGCGAGAUGUCCAGCUUCCUCCACAUCGGGGACAUCGUCUCCCUGUACGCCGAGGGCUCAGUCAAUGGCUUCAUCAGCACUCUGGGGUUGGUGGAUGACCGCUGUGUCGUGGAGCCCGCGGCUGGGGACCUGGACAAUCCUCCUAAGAAGUUCCGAGACUGCCUCUUCAAGGUGUGUCCCAUGAACCGCUACUCGGCCCAGAAGCAGUACUGGAAGGCCAAGCAGACCAAGCAGGACAAGGAGAAGAUUGCCGACGUGGUGCUGCUGCAGAAGUUACAGCAUGCGGCCCAGAUGGAGCAGAAGCAGAAUGACACAGAGAACAAGAAGGUGCAUGGGGACGUCGUGAAGUACGGCAGUGUGAUCCAGCUCCUGCACAUGAAAAGUAACAAGUACCUGACCGUGAACAAGCGGCUGCCGGCCCUGCUGGAGAAGAACGCCAUGCGGGUGACGCUGGAUGCCACGGGCAACGAGGGCUCCUGGCUCUUUAUCCAGCCCUUCUGGAAGCUGCGGAGCAACGGGGACAAUGUGGUUGUCGGGGACAAGGUGAUCCUGAACCCUGUCAACGCUGGGCAGCCUCUGCAUGCCAGCAACUAUGAGCUCAGCGACAAUGCUGGCUGCAAGGAGGUCAACUCUGUGAACUGCAACACCAGCUGGAAGAUCAACCUGUUUAUGCAGUUCCGAGACCACCUGGAGGAGGUGUUGAAAGGGGGAGACGUGGUGCGGCUGUUCCACGCGGAGCAGGAGAAGUUCCUGACGUGCGAUGAGUACAAGGGCAAGCUGCAGGUGUUCCUGCGCACCACGCUGCGCCAGUCCGCCACCUCGGCCACCAGCUCCAAUGCCCUCUGGGAGGUGGAGGUGGUCCACCAUGACCCCUGCCGUGGAGGAGCUGGCCACUGGAACGGCCUGUACCGCUUCAAGCACCUGGCCACGGGCAACUACCUGGCUGCUGAGGAGAACCCCAGCUACAAGGGUGACGCCUCUGAUCCCAAGGCAGCGGGAACGGGUGCCCAGGGCCGCACAGGUCGCCGGAACGCUGGGGAGAAGAUCAAAUACCGCCUGGUUGCUGUGCCCCACGGCAACGACAUUGCUUCUCUGUUCGAGCUGGAUCCCACCACGCUGCAGAAAACCGACUCCUUCGUGCCCCGGAACUCGUAUGUCCGGCUGCGGCACCUCUGCACCAACACGUGGAUCCAGAGCACCAACGUGCCCAUUGAUGUCGAGGAGGAGCGACCCAUCCGGCUCAUGCUGGGCACGUGCCCCACCAAGGAGGACAAGGAAGCCUUCGCCAUUGUGUCGGUUCCUGUGUCCGAGAUCCGAGACCUGGACUUUGCCAAUGACGCCAGCUCCAUGCUGGCCAGCGCCGUGGAGAAACUCAACGAGGGCUUCAUCAGCCAGAAUGACCGCAGAUUUGUUAUCCAGCUGCUGGAGGACCUGGUGUUCUUCGUCAGCGACGUCCCCAACAACGGGCAGAACGUGCUGGACAUCAUGGUUACCAAGCCCAACCGGGAGCGGCAGAAGCUGAUGAGAGAGCAGAACAUCCUCAAACAGAUCUUUGGCAUUCUGAAGACCCCGUUCCGUGACAAGGGGGGUGAGGGCCCCCUGGUGCGGCUGGAGGAGCUUUCGGACCAGAAGAACGCCCCCUACCAGCACAUGUUUCGCCUGUGCUACCGCGUGCUGCGCCACUCCCAGGAGGACUACCGCAAGAACCAGGAGCACAUCGCCAAGCAGUUCGGGAUGAUGCAGUCCCAGAUUGGCUAUGACAUCCUGGCCGAAGACACCAUCACGGCCCUGCUGCACAACAACCGCAAGCUCCUGGAGAAGCACAUCACCAAGACGGAGGUGGAGACCUUCGUCAGCCUGGUGCGGAAGAACCGGGAGCCCAGGUUCCUGGACUACCUCUCUGACCUGUGUGUGUCCAACCACAUCGCCAUCCCCGUCACCCAGGAGCUCAUCUGCAAGUGUGUGCUGGACCCCAAGAACAGUGACAUUCUCAUCCAGACCGAGCUUCGGCCCGUGAAGGAGAUGGCGCAGUCCCUUGAGUACCUGAGCAUCGAGUACUCAGAGGAGGAAGUGUGGCUCAUGUGGACCGACAAGAACAACGAGCACCAUGAGAAGAGCAUCAGGCAGCUGGCCCAGGAGGCGCGGGCCGGCAACGCCCACGAUGAGAACGUGCUCAGCUACUACAGGUACCAGCUGAAGCUCUUUGCCCGCAUGUGCCUGGACCGGCAGUACCUGGCCAUCGAUGAGAUCUCUCAGCAGCUGGGCGUUGACCUCAUCUUCCUGUGCAUGGCGGACGAGAUGCUGCCCUUUGACCUGCGUGCCUCCUUCUGCCACCUGAUGCUGCAUGUGCACGUGGACCGUGACCCCCAGGAACUGGUCACGCCCGUCAAGUUCGCCCGCCUCUGGACUGAGAUCCCCACGGCUAUCACCAUCAAGGACUAUGAUUCCAACCUCAACGCCUCCCGAGAUGACAAGAAGAACAAGUUUGCUAGCACCAUGGAGUUCGUGGAGGACUACCUCAACAACGUGGUCAGCGAGGCCGUGCCCUUUGCCAAUGAGGAGAAGAACAAGCUCACCUUUGAGGUGGUCAGCCUGGCGCACAACCUCAUCUACUUCGGCUUCUACAGCUUCAGCGAGCUGCUGCGGCUCACACGCACUCUGCUGGGCAUCAUCGACUGCGUGCAGGGCCCCCCAGCCAUGCUGCAAGUCUAUGAGGACCCAGGCGGCAAGAACGUGCGGCGGUCCAUCCAGGGAGUGGGGCACAUGAUGUCCACCAUGGUGCUGAACCGCAAGCAGUCUGUCUUUGGCGCCCCCAGCCUGCCUGCCGGCGCCGGUGCCCCUGAGCCGCUGGACAGAAGCAAGUUUGAGGAGAAUGAGAACAUUGUGGUGAUGGAGACCAAACUGAAGAUUCUGGAAAUCUUGCAGUUCAUCCUCAAUGUCCGCCUGGAUUACCGCAUCUCAUACCUGCUGUCCGUCUUCAAGAAGGAGUUUGUGGAGGUGUUUCCCAUGCAGGACAACGGGGCUGAUGGCACAGCCCCAGCCUUCGACUCCGCCACCGCCAACAUGAACCUGGACCGCAUCGGGGAGCAGGCGGAGGCCAUGUUUGGAGUGGGGAGGACGAGCAGCAUGCUGGAGGUGGACGACGAGGGUGGCCGCAUGUUCCUGCGCGUGCUCAUCCACCUCACCAUGCACGACUACGCGCCCCUGGUCUCGGGGGCCCUGCAGCUGCUCUUCAAGCACUUCAGCCAGCGCCAGGAGGCCAUGCACACCUUCGAGCAGGUGCAGCUGCUGAUCUCAGCCCAAGACGUGGAGAACUAUAAGGUGAUCAAGUCGGAGCUGGACCGGCUGCGGACCAUGGUGGAGAAGUCAGAGCUGUGGGUGGACAAGAAGGGCAGCGGCAAGGGCGAGGAGGUGGAGGCAGGCGCCGCCAAAGACAAGAAGGAGCGGCCCGCGGACGAGGAGGGCUUUCUGCACCCACCUGGGGAGAAGAGCAGCGAGAACUACCAGAUCGUCAAGGGCAUCCUGGAGCGGCUGAACAAGAUGUGCGGCGUCGGGGAGCAGAUGAGGAAGAAACAGCAGCGGCUGCUCAAGAACAUGGAUGCCCACAAGGUCAUGCUGGACCUGCUGCAGAUCCCCUAUGACAAGGGCGAUGCCAAGAUGAUGGAGAUCCUGCGCUACACACACCAGUUCCUGCAGAAGUUCUGCGCUGGGAACACCGGCAACCAGGCCCUGCUGCACAAGCACCUGCACCUCUUCCUUACGCCAGGGCUGCUGGAGGCGGAGACCAUGCAGCACAUCUUCCUGAACAACUAUCAGCUGUGCUCUGAGAUCGGCGAGCCCGUGUUGCAGCACUUCGUGCACCUGCUGGCCACCCACGGGCGCCACGUGCAGUACCUGGACUUCCUGCACACCGUCAUCAAGGCCGAGGGCAAGUACGUCAAGAAGUGCCAGGACAUGAUCAUGACCGAGCUGACCAACGCAGGUGACGACGUGGUCGUGUUCUACAACGACAAGGCCUCGCUGGCCCACCUGCUAGACAUGAUGAAGACUGCCCGGGACGGCGUGGAGGACCACAGCCCCCUCAUGUACCACAUUUCCCUGGUGGACCUGCUGGCCGCCUGCGCCGAGGGCAAGAACGUCUACACCGAGAUCAAGUGCACAUCCCUGCUGCCCCUGGAGGAUGUAGUGUCUGUGGUGACACACGAGGACUGCAUCACCGAGGUGAAAAUGGCCUACGUGAACUUUGUGAACCACUGCUACGUGGACACGGAGGUGGAGAUGAAGGAGAUCUAUACCAGCAACCACAUCUGGACACUCUUUGAGAACUUCACCCUGGACAUGGCUCGGGUCUGCAGUAAGCGUGAGAAGCGCCUGUCUGACCCCACCCUGGAGAAGUAUGUGCUGACCGUCGUGCUGGACACCAUCAACGCCUUCUUCAGCUCCCCGUUCUCUGAGAACAGCACCUCCCUGCAGACACACCAGACGAUCGUGGUGCAGCUGCUGCAGUCCACCACACGGCUGCUUGAGUGUCCGUGGCUGCAGCAGCAGCACAAGGGUUCCGUGGAGGCCUGCAUCCGGACCCUCGCCAUGGUGGCAAAGGGCCGGGCUAUCUCGCUGCCCAUGGACCUGGAUGCCCACAUCAGCUCGCUGCUCAGCAGUGGCGCCAGCUGUGCAGUUGCCGCCCAGCGGAACGUCUCCAACUACAAGACGGCCCCGCGGGCCUUCCCCCGUGUCACACCCACCCCCAACCAGUGGGACUACAAGAACAUCAUCGAGAAGCUGCAGGACAUCAUCACGGCCCUGGAGGAGCGGCUGAAGCCCCUAGUGCAGGCCGAGCUGUCCGUGCUGGUGGACGUCCUGCACUGGCCCGAGUUGCUCUUCCUGGAGGGCAGUGAGGCCCACCAGCGCUGUGAGAGUGGAGGCUUCCUGUCCAAGCUGAUCCAGCACACCAAGGAUCUCAUGGAGUCGGAGGAGAAGCUGUGUGUCAAGGUGCUGAGGACGCUGCAGCAAAUGCUGCUUAAGAAGACCAAGUAUGGGGACCGGGCCUUGCUCCCUUCCCUGCAGGGCAACCAGCUGCGCAAAAUGCUGCUGCAAAACUACCUCCAGAACCGGAAGUCCAGCUCGCGGGGGGACCUUCCAGACCCCAUGGGCACCGGCCUGGACCAAGACUGGUCAGCGAUCGCAGCCACCCAGUGCCGGCUGGACAAGGAGGGGGCCACCAAGCUGGUGUGUGACCUCAUCACCAGCACCAAGAAUGAGAAGAUCUUCCAGGAGAGCAUUGGCCUGGCCAUCCGCCUGCUGGACGGUGGCAACACCGAGAUCCAGAAAUCCUUCUACAACCUGAUGACGAGCGACAAGAAGUCAGAGCGCUUCUUCAAGGUGCUGCACGACCGCAUGAAGCGGGCCCAGCAGGAGACCAAGUCCACAGUGGCCGUCAACAUGAGCGACCUGGGCAGCCAGCCGCGCGAGGACCGGGAGCCAGCAGACGCCACCGCCAAAGGCCCCGUGGCCUCCUUCUGGAUGCCCAGCUCCUCAUCCCGCUAUUCGCUGGGCCCCAGCCUGCGUCAGGGGCAUGAGGUGGGCGAGCGCGUGCAGAGCAACGAGAUGGGCACGUCCGUGCUCAUCAUGCAGCCCAUCCUGCGCUUUCUGCAGCUGCUGUGUGAGAACCACAACCGGGACCUGCAGAACUUCCUGCGCUGCCAGAACAACAAGACCAACUAUAACCUGGUGUGCGAGACUCUGCAGUUCUUGGACAUCAUGUGCGGCAGCACCACCGGCGGUCUGGGGCUGCUGGGGCUCUACAUCAACGAGGACAACGUGGGCCUCGUCAUCCAGACCCUGGAGACCCUCACCGAGUAUUGCCAGGGCCCCUGCCACGAGAACCAGACCUGCAUCGUGACGCACGAGUCCAAUGGCAUAGACAUCAUCACCGCGCUGAUUCUCAAUGACAUCAGUCCCCUGUGCAAGUACCGUAUGGACCUGGUGCUGCAACUCAAGGACAACGCCUCCAAGCUGCUCCUGGCUCUGAUGGAGAGCCGGCACGACAGUGAAAACGCCGAGCGCAUCCUCAUCAGCCUGCGGCCCCAGGAGCUGGUGGACGUCAUCAAGAAGGCCUACCUGCAGGAGGAGGAGCGUGAGAACUCGGACGUGAGCCCUCGUGAAGUGGGCCACAACAUCUACAUCCUGGCGCUGCAGCUCUCCAGGCACAACAAGCAGCUACAGCACCUGCUGAAGCCCGUGAAGCGCAUCCAAGAGGAGGAGGCCGAGGGCAUCUCUUCCAUGCUCAGCCUCAACAACAAGCAGCUGUCACAGAUGCUCAAGUCCUCAGCACCGGCACAGGAGGAAGAGGAGGACCCCCUGGCCUACUAUGAGAACCACACGUCUCAGAUAGAGAUCGUGCGGCAGGACCGCAGCAUGGAGCAGAUCGUGUUCCCGGUGCCUGGCAUCUGCCAGUUCCUGACGGAGGAGACCAAGCACCGGCUCUUCACCACCACCGAGCAGGAUGAGCAGGGUAGCAAAGUGAGCGACUUCUUCGACCAGUCCUCCUUCCUGCACAACGAGAUGGAGUGGCAGCGCAAGCUCCGCAGCAUGCCACUCAUCUACUGGUUCUCCCGCCGCAUGACCCUGUGGGGCAGCAUCUCCUUCAACCUGGCGGUUUUUAUCAACAUCAUCAUCGCCUUCUUCUACCCCUACGUGGAGGGUGCAUCCACAGGUGUGCUGGGCUCCCCCCUCAUCUCGCUGCUGUUCUGGAUCCUCAUCUGCUUCUCCAUCGCGGCCCUGUUCACCAAGCGCUAUAGCAUCCGCCCCCUCAUCGUGGCGCUCAUCCUGCGCUCCAUCUACUACCUGGGCAUUGGGCCCACGCUCAACAUCCUGGGUGCCCUCAACCUGACCAACAAGAUCGUGUUCGUGGUGAGCUUCGUGGGCAACCGUGGCACCUUCAUCCGGGGCUAUAAGGCCAUGGUCAUGGACAUGGAGUUCCUGUACCACGUGGGCUACAUCCUGACGAGUGUCCUGGGCCUCUUUGCCCAUGAGCUCUUCUACAGCAUCCUGCUCUUUGACCUCAUCUACCGCGAAGAGACGCUGUUCAAUGUCAUCAAGAGUGUGACCCGCAACGGCCGCUCCAUCCUGCUGACCGCCCUGCUGGCCCUCAUCCUGGUCUACCUCUUCUCCAUUGUUGGCUUCCUCUUCCUCAAGGAUGACUUCAUUCUCGAGGUCGACCGGCUGCCCAGCAACCACUCCAGAGCCAGCCCCCUGGGGAUGCCACAUGGAGCUGCCACAUUUGUGGACACUUGCAGUGGGGACAACAUGGACUGUGUCUCAGGGGUCGUGGUGCCCGAGGUCCUGGCAGAGGAUGAGGAGCUGGACAGCACGGAGCGGGCCUGUGACACCCUGCUCAUGUGCAUCGUCACCGUCAUGAACCACGGGCUGCGCAAUGGUGGCGGUGUGGGCGACAUUCUCCGCAAGCCCUCCAAAGACGAGUCUCUCUUCCCGGCCCGCGUGGUCUACGACCUUCUGUUCUUCUUCAUUGUCAUCAUCAUCGUGCUGAACCUCAUCUUUGGGGUGAUCAUCGACACCUUUGCCGACUUGCGCAGUGAGAAGCAGAAGAAGGAAGAAAUUCUCAAGACCACGUGCUUCAUCUGUGGUCUGGAGAGGGACAAGUUUGACAACAAGACGGUGUCAUUUGAGGAGCACAUCAAGUUCGAGCACAACAUGUGGAACUACCUGUACUUCAUUGUGCUGGUCCGUGUGAAGAAUAAGACGGACUACACAGGGCCCGAGAGCUACGUGGCCCAGAUGAUCAAGAACAAGAACCUGGACUGGUUCCCCCGGAUGCGGGCCAUGUCACUGGUGAGCAACGAGGGGGAGGGGGAGCAGAACGAGAUCCGAAUUCUUCAGGACAAGCUCAACUCCACCAUGAAGCUGGUGUCCCACCUCACUGCCCAGCUCAACGAGCUCAAGGAGCAGAUGACGGAGCAGCGGAAACGCAGGCAGCGCCUGGGCUUUGUGGAUGUCCAGAACUGCAUGAGCCGCUGAGUGGAGCCACGGAAGGCCCGUCAGGCCACAUGCGACACUGGAGAGCUGAGAGUGGGAACACCGCCCCUCAAGGCCAGGUCCCCACCCAACCCCCAGCUCCACCUCUGCCAGACCCCGCCCCGGGCCAACAUAGACUCUGAACAGCUUAGAGGGGAAACUAGAGCUGACAGUGCUGCCCAGACCAAGCUCAUAAAAAAAAACUCAGAAACUCAGUGGGACUCGGCUUACCUUAAUGCCUAAGUAAGUCCUCUUAAAGGACUAUUGCUUUGUCCCUUAUGACUGACGUGCCUUUGUAUUCCUCCUGGUGGGUGAUUAGGAGUGGCGUCUCCAUUUUAUUCCAAGCACUACAUUUUGGUUACUGCCGCCUCUGGAGGGGCGCGGUGAUGCUGUCGCUAGUGAUUUUAGGGCUUUGUUAUUUAACUUAUUCACGGUGCCAGGCUCAGCCCUGGCCAGGGCCGUGCAGCCCCCCUGUGCCUCAGAACUGCCGUAUACAGUGCGUAGACCUCAGUGUCCAAGUCCACGCCACCCGCUCCGCACAGCCCUGGCUGGACUGGUGACCACAGGCUUGGUCCUAAGACCUGCCUCCUCCCGCACCUCCUGGGCAAGAGUCACAAGCCCAGGUGACAGGGCUGGGGCGUGUUAACAGGGGCUGGUUUUGACUGCUUGUGUUUUCUCCUUUUGGUGUAAUGUUUUACAAAUCCUUUGGCCCGAGAACUAAUACGUUAAUUACCUUAAAUAAAUUAAUAAAUCUAGUCCGUUAGAAAGGGAGGCUGGCUCCCGUGCUCCUCAGGGGCUGGGGUGGGUGGUAACGUGGCGCUGGCGGAGGACAGAAUACGAGCCCUGCCUGCUGGCCUAACCUUGGGCUCUUGGGAGAUGCUGAAUGCCAUCCCGUCUUGCAGCGAUUCCGGGACAGAACUGUACUACGGGAUAACUGGUUUCUAUCAUAAUCCUAUGAAUUUUAUUUUAUGCAUUUCAAAACACAGUGAGGAGUCCAGGUAAAAUGAGGUUAAGAACCCUUUCCACUUCUUCCCAACAAGGGGUGCUGUCGGCCCUGCCCUACCCCUUCUCUCAGCUCUGUUCUUGACAAGAAACCUGAAGUAGGGAAUGUAAACAUCUACUGGUAAGAGCUAAGGUCCCGUGGAGUAAUAAGGUGACCCUGUGCGUGUCCCCGGCCAGGGGAGGGGGCCUGCCAUGUGGCCUCCCACAGAACCCGCCCCGAGUGCUGAAGCCGACUCAAGCCGGGGCCCUGCCUGGCCUGUUGGUAGCUCUACUCUGCCCCUUAAGCCAACUUGGAACAUGGCUUUUCUGCAAGGUCAGGGGCAGAGGACUGAGCUCUGGCCUUCUGAGUCAGUGGGGAGGAGGGCCAAGCAGGCUUUUCUCAUCCCUCUGUCAUACACCUCCUGUUGCUUUCUGUUUGCAACAGGACGCCUUCUUCAGUACUGAAUGCUAUUUUUGGCUCUCUCCCAGGAGCUCCUAAAACAAAAGAGAGCCUGUGAAUCUUGCCAGGAGCCAGCCAGACCUCUGUUGGCAGGUGGGGCUCCUGUGGCCGUGCAGGAAGCACCUUGCCCAGAGGGCCCGUCACCAUCCCUUCUCAGGCCCAGACGGAGACCCGCACUUCCUCUCCUGGAGGACAUCCUAGCCUGACUGGUGGGCGGGCGGAUGCUCAACUGGCGUCCCUCCUCAGGCCAGAGCUUUCUUUACAGCAACAAGGGCUUCCUUUCUUGUGAAGGCCAGAUGAGAUUCCCGAACUACAAGGAAAGGGAAAUCAGGGCAUUUUAUUGAUAAUGGCAACGUCCACGACUUUACGCUUAGGUAUGUGGGCGUGUUAAGGCCCGAGCCCAGGCCUUAUGCUUCUCCUCGGGAUCCCUGGGGGCAAACUUCUCCUGCAGUUUCUUCCACAUGCCUUUAUUCAUCUCCUUAAACUCUUCCAAGGU